AUGGACUCAUCAUUUGUCGCGAUUGAGGACGACAGGCCGGGGAGGGCCGCCGGCGGGGAUGAUGCCCGGAGCCCGGAGGAGACGGCGAACCCACUGACGUACCCCAAGGCGGCCAAACCCUUCAGUCAGGACCUCUUCAAGAACCCAACGUCGGAGUAUCGAGGAUGUCCUUUGUGGUCAUGGAAUACAAAGCUGGAGAAGGAGAAGCUUCUCAGGCAGAUUGAUCAUCUCAGUGAGAUGGGCAUGGGUGGUUUCCACAUGCAUGUCCGGACCGGACUGGACACCGAAUAUAUGGGCCCGGAGUUUAUGGAUCGCGUUCGGGACUGCGUGGAGUAUGCAGAGAGUAAGGGGAUGCUCGCUUGCUUAUACGACGAUGAUCGGUGGCCCUCCGGCGUUGCUGGGGGCAAGGUCGUCAAGCAAUACCCAGAGCAUAAGACGAAGCACAUUCUGUUCACGCCGUACCCGUACGGGUCUGUUGAGCUUGGCGGUGGCUGCGCUCCCAGUUCAGCACAGGCCUGCCGGAGUGAAGAGGGUUACCUCUUGGCACGCUUUUCAAUCACACUUGAUGAGAAUGGCCGCCUGAAGUCAAACAAGAAACUCGAAGAGGGAGAGGAUGCGGAACCAGGUGGAAGGGUAUGGUACGCGUAUGUCGAGAUUAACCCCCCAUCAUCUUGGUUCAAUGGGCAGACCUACAUCGAUACAAUGAGCACCGAGGCCAUGAACCGCUUUUUGGAGAGCACGCAUGAGGUCUACAAGGAUAAGAUUGGCGACAAAUUUGGAACUACGGUGCCCUGCAUCUUUACCGAUGAGCCCCAAGUGGCUAUCAAGACACAACUUUCGAGCCCGACUGGAGUGGAAGACGUCUUUCUACCAUGGACAGCAGAUCUACCCGACACAUUCAGAGCGACGUACGGUGAAGAUGCAGACCUCGUCGCUAGCAUCCCGGAACUACUGUGGGAUCUUCCGGGAGACACACCAAGCUUGUCCCGCUACCGGUUCCACGACCACGUUAGCGAAAGAUUUGUGACUUCAUUCCUCGAUCUGCUGGCAAACUGGUGCAGAAAAAACAAGAUCAUCCUCAACGGCCACAUGAUGGAAGAGCCCACCCUCCGUUCUCAGACGACCGCCCAUGGCGAAGCAAUGCGCUGCUACCGAAAUCAGACGCUUCCGGGCAUGGACCUCCUCAACGACUGGGUCGAAUACAACACCGCGAAGCAAUGCACCAGUGUGGCCCGCCAGAACGGCGUUCGCGGCGCCAUGAGCGAGAUCUAUGGGUGCACCCACUGGUACUUCACUUUCGAAGGGCACAAGGGCUGCGGCGACUGGCAUGCGGCUCUGGGCAUCACGUUCCGCGUGCAGCACCUCAGCUGGGUCAGUAUGGCUGGUGAAGGUAAGCGCGAUUAUCCCGCCAGCAUCGGCUACCAGAGCCCAUGGUACAAGGAGUACGGCUACGUCGAGGACCAUUUCGCCCGUGUUGGUGUCGCCUUGACGCGCGGCAAGGCCGUCACGCGAGUAGGUGUGAUUCACCCCAUUGAGAGCUUUUGGUUGUGCUUCGGACCCAAUAACAGCGGCGACGAUGAGAUUGGUCGCCGUGACCAGGCAUUUGCGGAGCUCACAAACUGGCUGCUACAUGGCUUGGUGGAUUUUGACUUCAUUUCCGAGAGUCUUCUCCCGAACCAAAUCAGCGAAGAUGUGUCGAAGCCCCUCAAGGUUGGCCAGUGCGAGUACGACGUCGUGAUUCUGCCGAACCUGCGGACCAUUCGGUCGUCGACAUUCAAUGUUGUCAAGAAAUUCGCCGCGGCCGGGGGUACUGUUAUCAUUGCCGGUGACGCCCCGAUUCUUAUUGAUGCUCAGGUUGCGCCGCCAGAUCUCAGCCUCGAUAUUGAGCCAUCAGUCAAGGUUGCUUGGGGUCAAGGCGAUAUCCUUUCUGCUGUAUCUCAAGACUGCGACUUGAAGAUUGACUUGAAGGACGGGGGGCCGACCGAUACCCUACUUUACCAGAUGCGCCAGGAUGGAGAAGAGAGGUUCGUCUUCAUCUGCAACACGGACAGAAAUAACCCAUACGACACGCUGGUUAGCAUUAAGGGCGACUGGGAUGUAGAAAUCUUGGAUACCUUUACCGGUGCAACCCAUCACCACAAAGCUCGCUAUGAAAGUGGUUGGACCACCUUCGACCACAGAUUCGAGGGCUGCGCAAGUUUACUGUUGAGACUCUAUCCUGUACCUGGGGAAGAUCUGUCCUUCGUCAGUAUUGAAGGCGCAGUAGCGCUAGCUCCGGCUCAAUACGCAUCUACGGAACUUAAGCUCGACGAGGUCGUGCUUUCGGAGCCGAACGUCCUAAUGCUUGACUAUGCGCUGUACAGAAUCGACGAUGAUCCAUGGGAGGAUUCUGCCCGUCAGGAAAUCCUCAAGAUCGACAACGAGAUCCGAGCGAGACUCCGCAUCCCGGCAAAGGGUUCCGCUUGGAAACAGCCCUGGAGCGUACCGCAGUCAGAACGAGCGGCCAAAGUUUACGUUGACCUUAGGUUCGAAUUCGAUUCCACCGUCAUUGUUAAAACACCAGCCUACCUCGCAAUGGAGAAUCCCGAGAACGCAAGGAUCACCAUUAACGGCCACAAGCUGCCAGUUGAGGAGAAAAGACUUUCUUGGUGGGUUGACGAGGAUAUCAAGACGAUUUCGGUCCCGAAGAGGACGAUUCGCAAGGGAAAGAAUAUUAUCGAACUCAGUAUGCCCUUCGGCGUGCUGACCAAUCUGGAGAGGAUAUACUUGUUGGGCAGCUUCAGCGUCGAGCUGAAGAACAACCUGCCUAUACUCUGCGAACGGAGACAGAGCUUGGGCUGGGGCGACGUGGUCAAGCAAGGGCACCCGUUCUAUGCUGGCAAUGUAACAUACAACUGCAGCUUCUCGCUCAAGUCCCGCUCCGCCGUCACUCUCUCGAUUCCGCAAUUUGCGACGCCGGUCAUCAAGGUGCAAUGGAAGCAAAAGAGCGGACACAUCGCGCUACAGCCAAGGAAGCUGGAUCUUGGGGAACUCGAAGCUGGCAAGCACGAGAUUUCGAUUACGGCCUUUGGGUACCGGUACAACUCGUUUGGUCAUAUCCAUCUCACAGAAGGAGUCUUUGGAUGCUGGCCUGACCAGUGGCGAACUGGUGGUUGGGCUUGGAGCGAGGAAUAUCUGUUGAAGCCUACAGGAGUGCUGGAAAAGCCUUCCUUGAUCGUGGAGUCAAAUGCCGCUGCAGGAAGUGAAGAUUGGAUUGUCUUGGCCGAGUAA